GAGGAACCCGCUUAGACGCCCCGCAUCCCAUCGACAGUCUCGUUGACACUUUUCUGAUUUGGAUACAGUACAACGCACACUAGGAGUAGGAGCUUCCGUCUCUCGUUUUCUCCUCUUCCUUUCAGUUCUUGGAUAACCUGAGCUAAGCACAAAUUAUUGAGGUGGUUUUUACUGCGCAAAAAUGGAGAAUCUUGGGCUUGUUUCAUCCCCCAAAAUUAUGUUUGGAGUCUCCUCAAAACCCAGGGACUCAAUUUCCAGCACACCGUUUGUGGGUCUUCCAAAUUUGCUCAAGAAACCCGGCAAGCAUGGCAGAGCCCCCAAUUCCACUUCCUCAUUUACGGUUCUCUCUUUUUUUAAGGCGCCUAACGCCACCAAAACUAUAGUGCCAGAGAAAGUUGCAAGGGAUUGUUUUGCCAGCAUUGCUUCAGGGGGCCAAGAAACAUCAUCAGUUGGUGCAAAUCCACAGCUUUCUGUGCCGCCGCCUCCUUCUCAUGUGGGCUCACCUCUCUUCUGGAUUGGUGUUGGUGUGGGUCUCUCAGCACUUUUUUCAUGGGUGGCUGGUAGAGCAAAGAAAUAUGCAAUGGAACAAGCUUUUAAGACCUUCACACAACAGAUGAAUGCUCAGAAUAACCCAUUUGGUAAUGCUUCCUUUUCACCUGGAUCACCCUUCCCAUUUCCUCCAGCCACAACUCCAGCAUCAGAUUCAUCUAGGACAUCUACACCUGUGGCAUCUCAACAUGCAACUGUUGAUGUGCCUGCAACUAAAGUGGAGGACCCUCCAUCCAUAUCUGUCAAAGAUAAAGUAGAAACAGAGAAGAAACCAAAGAAAUAUGCUUUUGUAGAUGUUUCCCCAGAUGAAACACUACAGAAGAAUGAGUUUGAGAACUACAAAGAAUCAAUUCAUACAGAGACACCUCAUGAUCCCAAAUCUUCUCAGCCAGUUUCUCAAAAUGGCACGGCUACAAAGCAGGGAACAGGUGCUUCAGCAGGCCCCUCCACCAGUAAAACUAGCCCUCUCUUGUCAGUGGAAGCUUUGGAGAAAAUGAUGGAAGAUCCAACAGUACAAAAGAUGGUUUAUCCGUACUUGCCAGAGGAGAUGAGAAAUCCUACCACCUUUAAAUGGAUGCUACAGAAUCCACAGUACCGUCAACAACUUCAGGACAUGCUUAAUAACAUGGGGGGAAGUCCUGAAUGGGACAAUCGCAUGAUGGAAUCAUUGAAAAAUUUUGACCUUAGCAGCCCUGAGAUCAAGCAGCAGUUUGACCAAAUAGGUCUUUCUCCUGAGGAAGUCAUUUCUAAAAUCAUGGCCAACCCCGAUGUUGCUAUGGCAUUCCAAAAUCCUAGAGUUCAAGCAGCCAUCAUGGAUUGUUCUCAGAAUCCUCUGAGUAUUGCCAAGUAUCAAAAUGACAAAGAGGUUAUGGAUGUGUUCAAUAAAAUAUCAGAACUCUUCCCAGGGGUAACAGGUUCUUAAUUCUCUUUUGCUACUGUAGUAGCAAGUUAAGUGGGUUAUGGACGCUCUUUCAUUUCCCGGGUAAAUGAAACAACCAAAUCCCGGUGCAUAUUUAACGACAUUUCUGCCUUAUGAUAUCCACAAAGCUCCUCCGCAAUUCUCAUGUGUAAUCAAGACGACAACGACAUCACCGUCCUGCUAUAUCAAUGCAUCAGCAAACCCGAUAUCUGCUUUUUUGUCAAGUUUGAGCAAGAUUGCUGUAAACUUUGCCUCUCCGUCCUGCUUAUGACAUUUUUUGUUUUUUAAUCUUGUAGCAAUAGUUCUUCCAAGUUUUUUAUGUGCUGCAAAUUUUGGUAGUUGGUUCAUCCAUUUGAGGUACUAAACCAUGUACUCUCAUAUACUUGUGCCUUUAUGUACAAGCUAUUACCUUGUUUAUCCGGUUUUUGGUUU